AUGACAUAAAUAAAUGACUUAAAACAUUAAAAAUAAGAGAAACUUAGGCUUAGUCUAAGGAAGGAAAGAAACAAAAAGACUUUUCUUAAAAAAGACAAUUAAGCGGAGAAACAAAAACGAAAAUAUUCUUAUUAUUUCCAGUUCACUUAUGUAAGAAUAUUGAUAUUCUGAAAAAUUAUAAUAAAAUAUUUUAAUAGAGGAUGACCAAUACUUCAGAGCAUAUAAUUAUCAUAAAUUAAAGCUUAUUUAUCAUAAGCUACUAAUGAAAUAUAUUAAGACUAUUUAAUCAAUAAUUUAAAACAAACAAGCAUAUAAUAUAUUGAUCAAAAUGAUAAUUGUAGUUCAUUUUUGGAAGAGCUUUAAAUGAUUGAUAAGGUUAUUAUUACUUACCGUGACUUUUACGAUCCAAUUGAUAAAUCAGUUUUAUAGAAAUAUUCAAGUAUUUUAAAGAAAUUAGGAAUACAAAGUGAAAUCAAAGAAAAUCUAUCAUAUUUAUGCCCAAAAAAAAAGAUUUAGAAUAAUAUCAUAAGGAAAAUGUAAAAGUAAAGGAUGGUAAAUCAAAUUACAGUCAUUAUUCUUCAUUUUAUAGAUGGUAAAGAAGAAGAUUAAAUAUUUUAAUGGGUCCUAAAGGAGAAGAUCCAGAAAAUGGACAUAUGA